AUGGAACCGCAACAGCGCGUCUUGCUCGAAGUCGCUUAUGCGUCCCUUGAUGAUGCUGGGUAUCUGGCCACGCAUCAUCGCGAAGACGGUGACAAUGUUGGCUGCUUCAUCGGCGGCAUCUUUAAAGCCAUCCAGGCCGGGGAAUACCGCAUGGCCCUGACGGGUGGUGUCAAUAUCAUGACUGGCAUGAACAACUUCUUCGACCUGGCCAAGGCUGGUUUCUUGAGCCCAACAGGGCAGCGUAAACCGUUUGAUAAACUGAGCCAUGCCGUUGCGGACGGGGAUGCCAUCUUGGGCGUGAUCCUCGGCUCACCCACCAACCAAGGCGGGUUCUCUGCUUCUCUCACGGUCCCGCAAUCAGUGGCCCAACAAAAUUUGAAUCGAAAGGUACUAUAG